AUGACGGCCGACUCCUGGAGGAACCUCAUCGAGCAUAUCGGACUCUUGUACCAGGAAUAUCGAGAUAAAUCUACACGUGAGGAGAUUGAAACCAGGCGAUUGCAAGAUUCACAGACAGACCCUGAGGAGACUUCACCCAGUGAGGAAACCCCAUCUGAAGCAGAACCCACAAGUACAAUUGAAAACAAAGCUCCACCACAAAUCAAUUUGCUGAGAAAUUCCAACUCCAGGUUCAACUUAUGGCAGGAUCUUCCUGAGGUCCAGAACAGUGGUGUCCUCAGCAUCCUCCAACCAGAUGAGAUCAAGCUGCAGGAGGCCAUGUUUGAGCUGGUUACUUCUGAAGCGUCGUAUUACAAGAGUCUGAAUCUGCUGGUGUCUCACUUCAUGGAGAAUGAACGUCUGAAAAAGAUCUUGCACCAGUCUGAGGCACACAUCCUCUUUUCCAAUGUGCUGGAUGUCAUGGCUGUCAGUGAGCGCUUCCUGUUAGACCUUGAGCAGCGUGUGGAAGAGAACAUUGUGAUCUCGGACGUGUGUGAUAUUGUCUACCAGCACACAGUUAAUCACUUCUCUGUGUACAUCACCUACGUCUCCAACCAGACCUAUCAGGAGAGAGCCUACAAGCAGCUUCUCCAGGACAAACCAGCCUUUCGGGAAGUGAUCUCACAGCUGGAGCUGGAUCCCAAGUGCAAAGGCUUGUCCUUUUCUUCUUUCCUGAUUCUGCCAUUUCAAAGGAUCACUCGACUCAAGCUGCUGGUGCAGAAUAUUUUGAAGAAAGUGGAAGAGAAAUCUGACAGAGAAUCCACUGCCCUGGAUGCACAUAAAGAACUGGAAACAGUGGUGAAAGCAUGCAAUGAAGGUGUCCGGAAGAUGAGCCGAACAGAGCAGAUGAUCAGCAUCCAGAAGAAACUAGAAUUCAAGAUCAAGUCCGUUCCCAUCAUCUCUCAUUCCCGCUGGCUGCUGAAGCAGGGGGAACUGCAGCAAAUGAAUGGUCCAAAGACAUCACGAACGCUUCGCACCAAAAAACUCUUCAGAGAAAUCUACCUGUUCCUUUUCAAUGAUCUGCUGGUGAUUUGCCGGCAAAUUCCUGGGGACAAGUAUCAAGUGUUUGACUCUGCUCCCCGAGGGCUUCUUCGGGUAGAGGAGUUAGAAGAUCAGGGGCAGAGUUUGGCCAAUGUCUUCAUCUUGAGGCUUCUAGAGAAUGCAGACGACCGGGAGGCCAGCUACAUGCUGAAGGCAUCAUCCCAGAGUGAAAUGAAGCGCUGGAUGAUUUCACUGGCCCCAAACCGGAGAACCAAAUUUGUUUCAUUUACAUCCAGACUUGUUGACUGCCCACAGAUCCAGUGUGUCCACCCGUACGUGGCCCAGCAGCCUGAUGAGCUCUCCUUAGAACUGGCUGAUGUCCUCAACAUCCUGGACAAGACAGAUGAUGGCUGGAUAUUUGGGGAACGUCUUCACGACCAGGAGAGGGGCUGGUUCCCCAGUUCUAUGGGGGAGGAGAUCCUGAACCCCAAAAUCCGAGCCCAGAACCUGAAGGAGUGUUUCCGGGUGCACAAGUCAGAUGACAGUCAGAGAAGGAAACUGGGCAGCAGAAAUCGCCAAUGA